UACUCGACACGGCCCACGUUUAGAAAACGCAAAGCAAGAGUCGGAAAAGACACGAAAUGCUCCAGGCACACGCCGCCGUCCGCCGCGCCCUGCUCGUCGGCCGUCGGCUAGCUGCUGCUACUGCCUGCUCACGGGCCUCACGGCCUCCCCCGGUGCUGGAGAAGGCAAGCAGGUUGCUGGGCAAGUUCUGUCCUCCAUCGCCCUCAUUCUCUGCAAAGGAACGGAGUGCUCCAAGCACUCGCCGUCGUUGCAGUGCGUGCGAAGAUGGCCACCGGCGGGCGGCUGAUGCUGCUCGCGGCCUCCCUCGGCACUGGAGCAGGCAAGUAGGUCUCUGGGAAAGUGCUCUCCUCCACCGCGGGCCUCCUCCGUCCUAUGCUAUUCGAGGAAAAAGAAAAAAUUGAGACACUCCAGAUUCAUUCGCUGCCGGUGCCGCCGCCGACACGCUUAAGAAGAUGGCCACCGGUCGGUUGUUGCCGCUCAACUCCAUGGAGAAUGUUGCGGGGCGCGGCACCGUGGGGAAGUGGCGCCGGAGGUGGCAGCGGGAGAGUCAAGAAGAAAGGGAUGCCGAGCAAGAACCUCAUGGCCGAGCGCUGCUGUCACAAGAAGCUGAAUGACCGCCUCUACAUGCUGCGCUCGGUGGUGCCAAAGAUCAGCAAGGCAGGAAAUAAAGAGGUGGAUGAGGAUGAUAAUGAGGAAGCAGAAUAUCUGGGAAGUGAUCCAGACUGAUGAGCUGUAUAAGCUAGAUGCCUGGAUGACAUGGUGGAUCUCCAACUGUGUUUGAAUUUUAAUCGAGACUUCUGUCUUAUUAGUUGUGUCUAUGUCAUUUGAAGAAUUAGCUCUCUGCAAUGGUACAAAAAGGCUAAUAUCAAUGAUCCAUGGUGAUGCUACCUACCAUCCAUUCCUGUUGCCAUCGGAGGAGGUUCAGUUUCAUGCAGGAUCCUCUUGAAGCUAUUAAAGCCAAGAAUUUGCUCAAGUGUGGACAUAUGUGCAGGAUUAUUGUCGAUGGAAAUCUCGCCGAGGUUGCAAAGGACCCAAGUAGAUCAGUGUACGAUUUUUUUCAGUCUAGCUUAGACAUCGUUUUGUUCUGAAAUUGCUUUGUAAGAGUUGCCGUCCAAAUGGCAUAAGAUGUAUGCACAUUGUAAAUUUUUAUCUGAAAUACAUAUGGCAUCUUGGCAGGGUUGAAUCCUGUAUACAGGGUUGUUUUUAUCUGAAAUACAUAAGGCAUAUUGGCAAA